UUGCAGAUUAGAGAUUAGACAUAUCUUGACUUGUAGACCUGUUAGACAGACACAAGUAGAAGGCAGAAUGAAAGCAGCCGGUGACGCAAAGGAAACAAUUGUUCUGGUGUGGUAGGAAACCUAAUUUUAAAAAGGGUUAAACCACAGAGGAACAACUGUUUUACUGCUGCGAAACAUUUAUCGACAAAGCUUGCCAGCAUGGAUGUUAUUUUCAAGGAAGGAAUGGUGUAUCUUCAGGGAGUCAAGUUUGGAAAAAGAACAUGGCGGAAAAUAUGGCUGGUGCUCUUCAAACCCAGUUCAACAGGAGUUGGCCGUUUGGAGCUCUACACCGUACUUGACAACAAUGCUAUUAUAGACCAGAUGAAGUUUGGUCGGCAGAAAACACCAGAGAGAAAAGUUGUGCGGCUAAGUGAUUGCCUCAGUAUCACCCCUGCGCCAAAGGAGUCUUGUCCCCAAGGGUGCACAGCCUUCUACUUAAACACCACACAGAGCACCUACACCCUGGCCUCCACAGCAAGCCAGGACUGGCAAAGUGCCCUCUGUCUCCUAGCCUUCCAGAAGGAUCCUGGAGAAUCAGACAAAGGGGAUUUGAAGGAAGGAAAUAACUUGACCAUGGAGGACAACGACCUUUACUCGUCAUGGAAUACUGAUCAGGCUUUACCUUCAAACCAGUACCAAGUGACUAUCCAGAGCACAGAUGCAUCCAGGAGGUGCAAGCUGGCUGGGGAGUAUGUGGUCUCGCCAGAUGAAGAGGUUUUGUUACUGCUGACCUGCAAUACUGAUCAAAUCCUCUAUCGCUGGCCAUACAGACUCUUGCGCAAAUUUGGACAGGUUGAGGGGGGAUUCAAAAUAGAAGCAGGGCGACGCUGUCAGUCGGGAGAAGGGGUGUUCAUCUUCCAGACCAGACAUGGUCCCCAGAUCUUCCAGGCUAUAUUAGAUCAGUGCUCUGGGGAGAAGAGCUCCUCUGCCCAGCCGCACAGCACCAACAGAAGAUCAUUAUCUGACCAGUCUCCUGUCAUCCUCCCAGCAACAACCAUCCAACCAGCUUUGCCUCCUGUCUACAAUCCUGCUGAUGUUUCUUCAGACACAGAGGAUGAGUCUGCCAACCACUACUCUACUAUUAAUGACACCUCCGCGCUAAAUUUAAAGCGGGCAUCUUUGUUCAGACCUUACCUUUCUAACAGCAAGGAGGCUGUGGGGGAGGAAGAUGAGGCUGAGGAUGAGGAUGAAAGGUGCCAUUCGCUGGAGGCCCUAAACCUGGAUGAUGACUUGGACGACAACAUUUAUUACAACCUGAGGAGAUCCACUCCUCCUCUGGUCAGAAAAGAUCAGUUCAAACCUGAGACAGACAGUUCAGAGUGCAUCUAUUCGGAUGUGAAACGAGUCGAUUCUCCUUCAAACUCCCAGCUGCAGCCUUUCCCCCCACCCGUCCCUCAACCUGUUUCCCAGCCAUCUCCCCCCACCCCUCCCCAGUCUGCUCCCCUCACCCCACCAAAACCCAGAUACCAGCGUCAGCUCCCUGUCAACAGCUUCAUCCAGCCAUGGUCGAAUACUCAGGCACAGGCAGUGGUGGACGAUGUGAAGGAGACGGAGGAGGCCACCAGCUCCUCUACCCGUGUCACCCCCUCGGAGGCCCCCGGCAGUUUUAAACACAGGCUGGCAGAAAUCAUUUCUAAGGACUUGGCAAAGUUCCAGCCAAUUUCUCCCCCAAGAGCAGGCAGCCCCACAUUUUCUCAGUAGGCCAUUAGUUAAGAGACAGACGAGAAAGAACAGUUUUAACCAUGAUAGAUUGUCAUAAAGCAUAUUUAGUUUCUUUAUUUCUUUAAAAUCCCCCCCACUGGGAGCAUUAGUCGUCAAAUUUUGGAUUCACAUCUUUAUUAUCUGUGUAGUCUGUCAUUUUAUUCUUUGGACUGUUAUUGGGGAAAAAGGGGGGAUUUAAUUAACGUUGUUGUUCACUGCUGGAAUGUUAGAAAAGCUGCGCCGCAGUUUAUUUAAUGUGACAUUAGUCGAUAAGCAGAAAGAACACCUGAUGACUGGACUGUUCAAUUAUGGAAACAGCUUUGAGAAAAAUUAUAUUUCAUUGUGACAGUCAGUGAGUUACACAACAUCUCUGGGACUCGCUUCCUCUAGAUUAUUUUGUUCCUUUUUCUUAAAAAGAAUAAAGACAGAUGUAGCAUGUAAAUCAAGAGUUCUGCAGCAAUAUGGAAAGACCAGGGACCCAAGCUGUGUUUUGGUGUGAAUAUUGCUUUUUGUACAUGGAUGCUUCAAUCUGCUUAUACUGAGAUGUAACUUACUCAGUAGACAACAAUGUGUCGCUGACUAAAGUAUGAAAUGCACACAAAAAAAAAAAAAACAACUUAAAAUGCUCAUUCUUAAC